GAAAACCUUAGUCCCAGGGGGGCCGAUGGCGCCGGGCAGGAACGGUCCCUGCGUAAGGGAUGGGAAACACCCGGAUCGGGAUCACGGACCCUGCUCUCCUGCUCUGCCAGUUCCCCAGCAGCCUUGAAACCCCCCUUAUCACCUUCUAACCUAAACAAGUCCCUUUGUACCAGUCUCCCCGUCUCCAGCCUCUGCUGAGUUUUAUAAACAACUGCCCAAAGAGGCUGACGAAGACGUUUUCUCUCGCCUUGGGCAGCCCAGGAACGGGGGGUCCCAGCACCCCGGAAAUGACGGGGUGAUGCCUCACCUCUCCCUGCACCCACGAGGGCUGGCCUUUGGGUACCAUUGGUCCCCAAGCGGGAGCCCAGGGGCGGACAGCUCAUGCUGCUGGGGGGGGAUAUAAGGCUGGAGGAGCAGCCUGGGCUCUCCGUGCCAGGGUUUGCUGGAAGAGGGAAGGAUGGGACCCAGAAGCGGCUUGAUCCUCGCUCUUCUGUGCUGGGCAGCGGGCGAGGUGGCUGCCUACACUCCCUGGGACUUCUCCUGGGCUGACCUGGCGAGCCGGGGGGUGCAGGCAGACCCCCAUGCCUGGUCCUGGCUGGAAGACCCCCAUUCCCGAUCCAUCUCCAGCAGCCAGCCGGUGGUGGUGCAGUGCCAGGAGGCUCAGCUGGUGGUGACGGUGAACAGGGACCUCUUUGGCACCGGCCGCCUGGUCAACGCGGCCGACCUGACGCUGGGGCCAGCAGCGUGCAAGCAUUCCUCACUGAACCAGAACUCCGUCGUCUUCACCGCCGGCCUCCACGAGUGCGGCAGCGUCGUGCAGAUCACGCCAGAUUCCCUCAUCUACCGCACGCUCCUCAACUAUGACCCCAGCCCUGCCAGCAACCCCGUCAUCAUCCGCAACAACCCCGCCGUCAUCCCCAUCGAGUGCCACUACCCCAGGAGGGAGAACGUGAGCAGCAACGCCAUCCGGCCAACCUGGGCUCCCUUCAGCUCCACGCUGUCGGCAGAGGAGAGGCUGGUGUUCUCCCUGCGCCUCAUGAAUGAGGACUGGAGCGCCGAGAGACCCUUCACUGGUUUCCAGCUGGGUGACGUCCUCAACAUCCAGGCGGAGGUGGGCACCGAGAGCCAUGUGCCGCUGCGGCUGUUCGUGGACAGCUGUGUGGCUGCCCUGAGCCCCGGCACCGACUCCUCACCCCAUUACUCCAUCAUUGACUUCAACGGGUGCCUGGUUGAUGGGAGGUCGGAUGACACCAGCUCUGCCUUCAUCACCCCCCGGCCCCGUGAGGACAUGCUGCGCUUCAGGAUCGACGUGUUCAGGUUCGCGGGGGACACCAGGAACCUGAUCUACAUCACCUGCCACCUGAAGGUGACCCCAGCGGAACAAGCCCCGGACCCCCUGAACAAAGCCUGCUCCUUCAACAAAGCCAGAAACACCUGGGCCCCCGUGGAAGGCACCCGGGACAUCUGCAGCUGCUGCGAGACCGGGAACUGCGAGUCCCCGGCGCAGUCCCGCAGGCUCAACCCCCUGGAGCGAUGGCCGGGCCGCCGCUUCCGCCGCCACGAUGCCAAGGGGAAAGAGGCUGAAGCCGACGUGGUCAUCGGCCCCGUUCUCCUCUCGAGGGUCCCAGAUGCCGUGUGGGAGCAGCAGGAGGGAGGUCACGGUGAAGCGACAGCGAUGCCCGGCAUAGAGAUGUGGCUGAUAGGCGUGGUGGCCGGCGUGGGGCUGGCCGUCGCAGUGGGGCUGGCCGCUGUGGGGCUGGCCGUCGCUGUGGGGCGCACGAGGUGCGUCCGUGCCUCGGCGUGAGCGUAGAGCGAAAGCCAAAUAAAGCCAUGGAACGACAAA